AUUGUUGCUCGUUCCUUGCUUGUCUUUCUUUCUCCGAAGUCUGUGUCAACGCCAUUCUGUUUCCUCUCCUUCUUGAUCAUGCAUCGAAAUCCCAGCUGCUAAGUUUCACGGCACCGAAUUCUCUUCCCCUAACUCUCAUUUCCCGAAAACCUUGCCGUCUUCUUACCUCGGAAUGCUCCAGUUCAACACCGUGGAGAAGGAAAAAAAUGUGAAAAUGUUUUCUCAUUGAUCUUCUCCUCCACAAACCACCCCACCCUUGUCCUUUAGCCUAAUGGAAGGUAUGACCAAACCCACAACCAAAACGACGACGACGACAACAAAAACAACCACCGAAGUCACCACCACGACCACUUUGAUCAGCAGCAACGCCUGUCCACAAAGCGUAAAGCUUUCUUUCUGGUUUUCCCCCACUGCUCGCCCUCCUGGUUUACUCUCUUCAAGCUUUGGUUCAUAGUAUUUAUAUUAGAAACAUUGACACAAAUGGAUUCCUACUCCAAUUCUUCGUAUGAUUAUAAUCCAAAUCCUUCAUUCCAGUCUGAUUUUAAGAGGCUGUUGGAUCCGUUUUCGCAUAGUGUAGAGGGGUUUAAUGGGGUCAUGCUAGGCGGGUCAGCGCUCAUGUCUCACUCGUUAGUUUUGGAUAGCGAGAGGGGAGAGCUUGUGAAAGCUCCGACAAUAGUUGGGAAGAAGGGGGUAUCGGAGGCAAAGGCUCUGGCGGCUUUGAAGAGUCACAGUGAGGCAGAGAGGAGGAGAAGAGAGAGAAUCAACGCUCAUCUUACAACUCUUCGUGGCUUAGUUCCCUGCAAUGAAAGGAUGGACAAAGCCACGUUGCUUGCCGAAGUAAUCAGCCAAUUGAAAGAAUUGAAGAAGAAAGCAGUUGAAACAAGCCAGGGUUUCCUCAUUCCCAUGGAUGCCGAUGAAGUGAGAGUUGAACCGUGCGAUAUUAUUGAUGGAGCAGACGAUGGAACAAUGUCAUACAAGGCGUCUCUCUGCUGUGAUUACCGACCACAGCUUUUCUCUGAUCUAAGACAGGCUGUUGAUUCUCUUCAACCUGAGAUGGCGAAGGCGGAAAUAUCAACCUUGGGAAGCCGGGUGAAGAAUGCGUUCGUUUUCACCUGCUGCAAAGGUGGGUGCAUCAAUAUUGAAGAAUGCCAAGGGGUUGCUAGUACCGUUCACCAGGCCUUGAGUUCUGUACUGGAUAAAGCUUCUGCCAUACCAGAAUACUCACCAAGAACAAAACACGCAAGCAAAAGGCCAAGGGUCUGAUCUUUUUUUGACACCUUGUGAUGUAAACCCAAACUGACGCGUAGCAGAUCUUGGUCCAGAUUUUAUGUUGAUUACUGAACUAUUUUGAGAAGCAGAUCAACGUAAAUUUGACGGUAAAAGAUGAAGAUCGCAUGGGUUGGCAAAAUAUUGUGCAGAUGUUGGUAUUUUAACCAUAAUUUUGGCUAUAAGUAUCAAAAUGCACAUAUGAGCUUAAUUCAAAAAGCUCUUUUUGAUGCACAAGAAACACGUCAUGGUCACUACACUAUGCCCGGUGCUUCCAGUUUCAUAACUCUGAAAUCAACCAUUUCUCUUUCGAAUCGUCAUUUUAGGUUAUUUUUUUUAUUUUAUAGAAAUGUUUUGUUGUUGCUUUUAUAGAUGAUUUUUAUUUCGA